AUGGGGUUGGCGUCGCGGUGGGGAUGUGGGAUGCGGGGCGGUGGAGGUGGCGCGCCGGAGCUCCGGCAGACGCGGUGGCAAAGCUCCGACGGUGAUGCCCAGAUGCAGUUUUCAGUUUUGCAACCAGGUUUUUUCUCUAUCGUGGUGAUCGGGAGGCCUAAUCCCCACUCGCCGCGGUUAUUCUUGGCCAGUCCCCAAUCUCCCCACGCUCUCCUCUCCUCCAGCUCCUCAGAUCCGGCGACCUCCGGCUCCUCGCCGCCGCCACGGAAAUUCGGCGCCUACGCGCCCUAUAUCGACCCAUGGAGACCCGGGUUCACUUCCUUCGACGGCUGUCCCGAAUUUCAGGCGUCGCGCGUGGCCGGAGCUGAGGACGCGUUCCUCUCCGUCUCCCGGGAGAAAGGGGAACGGCGACCCAUUGGCGCAGCUGCCGUCCGGAGAUCGCUGGUGGCGACGUACCCGGUAGUUCUGUGGGAGAGGAGCAGGCGGAGGCCGGCCAUGGUGUCCUGCGUUGGCCGCGGAGGCGGGGGAUUCGCCAACGAGGCGUACAUCAGGUAUUACGAGGCGGCGCCGAAGACGGCAUUGGAGGCGGCGGCAAGCGAUCUUACCGAGCUCCAGACCAUGGGCCUCGUCUCCGACAACGGGGCAAGGAUAAGAUUCUCUUGAAUCCUUGCCGAUUGUGGCAGGCUUGUGUCAGCCAGCGUAGGCACUCGGCAUGGUGAGCUAGCUGCAGCACUGCAGCUUCGAUCUCUGUCGAAGUCUCCUCAUAGGUGCCGGCACGCUGCGCGCGAACAUUGAGCAGCAGCAGGCAACAACUUCAAUGUCGGUGUCUCUCAGCGCCACUUGCAAAGCAGCUUCAAACUACUCUACUCUCCUCCAGUAAUUAUAUUCUUUCAUGUUUCAUACUUCGUUCUACCGCAGUGCAGAUAUUGAGUGAUAAUUUGCAGUUUACAUCACCGCUAAACUUUGGUUGCCGCUGUACAUGAUAAAAUAUUACUUUGGACUACUUAUUUUAUAGCAUUUGAGGUCAAGUUAUAUUCCAUCUGUUAAAUUAAAAUAAAGGAAGAAACACACUAGGCCUGAUAGUAUAUGGUAGUGCUUGAUAGGAAGAGGAUGAAUGCCAUGUAGUCCAAAGAAGGUUGCUUUACAUGGAUCUGUCGAAUAGCAAUUGGCAAGAAGAGUACACAUUAGCGGAUUAUAACAUUAGUCUUAUUUGCUUUUGAAGUAGGUUGAACUUUAUUAUUUUGUCUAUUCUUUGGCCACAUGUGAUUCAUUGUUCUCGAUAUAAAAUUAUGCAUUACAUCCUCACGGAGCGGAAGUGCUAACUUGAUAGAAUAUAACACCAUCUACUUGGUUAUAAAGAACAAAAUCAUAUGUCAGUCUAUGUACAUAUUUUAUCGAUCCCUUUAUUCGCGAUUGGAGGCUUAAAUUCUGAAUUUUGUAGUUCAGGAGUAGCUAGCUCCCAUGUGUUGGUGUAUUUAAAUAUUUUGGCAAUCUCUGCAUAUGGUAGCCUUUUUAGGUCCCCAGUUUAAAUAAUAUAGAGUGUAAUCUCUGCAUCUUGUAAUU